AUAUCGAUUCUCUUAACAUUAAUUUUUUUACAAGUUUUAUCUUGCGUAUGUUCCUGGUUUUAUUCACGAAUGAUAGGGGGCUAAACACUUCUCAAAACAGUCAUGAACCUGCGUUUGUAUAUGCUGAAAUAUUAUAUGAUGCCGGCCUUUGCGCACAUGUUUGACUUUUAGUUUAUUUGGAAAUUAGAGUUGGAUUAUUAUAUCAUGUGGUGAAUAUUGCAUCUCUCUUUCAUAGUUCUAGCAGUUUGCUGCUUUAACAGGACACUGAUUUCAACCCUGUUCAGUGUUUGGAACUUGCGGCCAUGAAGAUUACAGUUUGGCGCUAUGACCCUGCAUUUACAGAAUGUAACAAAUUAGUCUUAGAAUCUUGUACUCGCUUAUGCUUACAGGAAAAAACAAGCCAACAGAAGGAAAGUUCCGGCUUUAAUUGGCUGUUUACUGCUUAGCUAAUAUUUACGUUCACUAUCUCAAGGGUAUCAGAAUGGAUGUGCUGUUCCAUCUUUAGGAAGUCCACUUGAAUUAUCAUGUUUGACAAAGAUUUUUUCACCGAGUAUGGUGAGGCAAGUAGAUAUGAAAUACAAGAAGUAGUUGGCAAAGGUAGCUAUGGUGUAGUUGCAUCAGCAAUAGAUACACAUACAGGGGAGAAAGUUGCCAUUAAAAAGAUGUCUGGCAUCUUCGAGCGUGUUUCUGAUGCUACACGAAUUCUAAGAGAGAUCAAACUCCUUAGGCUGUUACGUCACCCAGAUAUUGUUGAGAUCAAGCAUAUAAUGCUACCUCCUUGUCGGAAAGAAUUCAAAGAUAUAUAUGUUGUUUUUGAGUUGAUGGAAUCAGACCUUCAUCACGUUAUAAAGGUAAAUGAUGAUCUCACUCCUGCUCAUCAUCAAUUCUUCUUGUACCAGCUUCUUCGUGCUCUAAAAUAUAUACACACAGCUCAUGUUUUCCAUCGAGACAUAAAACCGAAAAAUAUCCUUGCUAAUGCGGACUGCAAACUCAAGAUCUGUGAUUUUGGGCUGGCUCGUCCAUCAUUUACCAAUGCGCCUUCAGCCAUUUUUUGGACUGAUUAUGUUGCUACUAGAUGGUAUCGUGCUCCUGAGCUCUGCGGGUCAUUCUUCUCCAAUUACACCCCUGCGAUUGAUAUUUGGAGCAUAGGGUGUAUUUUUGCAGAACUGCUAACAGGAAAACCCUUGUUUCCGGGGAAGAAUGUCGUAAAUCAAUUGGAACUUGUGACUGAUUUGCUUGGCACUCCUUCCCCUGAAUCCAUUGCAAGGAUUCGUAAUGAGAAGGCUAGGAUAUUUUUGAAUAACAUGAGGAAGAAGCCACCAAUUCCUUUCUCCAGAAGAUUUCCUGAUGUAGAUCCAUUGGCUCUCCGGUUACUUGAACGUUUGGUUGCAUUUGAUCCUAAAGAUCGUCCAACUGCUGAAGAGGCAUUAGCUGACCCGUACUUUCGGGGGUUGGCAAACUUGAACUAUGAACCAUCCAGGAAACCCAUUUCAAAACUUGAAUUUGAAUUUGAAAGGAGGAAAUUGACAAAAGAGGAUGUAAGGGAGCUAAUUUAUAAAGAGAUUUUGGAGUACCAUCCGCACAUGCUGCAGGAAUACCUUCAAGGUGCAGAUGAGACUAGCUUCAUGUAUCCAAGUGGAGUUGAUCAAUUUAAGCAACAAUUUGCAUACCUUGAGGAAGAUUUCGGUAAGAGUGGAAAAUGCUGUGUGCUACAGAGGAAGUAUGCGUCAUUGCCCAGGGAGCGUGUCUGCUCUUCCAAAGAUGGGAUUAUGGAUGAAAAUAGUCAUUCAGAGAAGCAUAAUACCUCUUCAGCUACACGUGCAAGCCUUAAGAGUCCAGCAAAACUCCAGGAGUUAGUAGGAAUACAAUAUACUCCUACAAGCACAUUGGCUCCGCAGAAAAGAUCUGGUAAACCUAAGCGGCACCCAUGCCUCUUCAAGAGUAAUAGCUUCACUGCAUCAACAUGUGGAGCUGUAAUAAGAAAAGACCGUGAGGUAUGGGUUAAGUGAUCUUAUAUCGAUCGCUUCUUUUGAUAAGGAAGUAAUGAUGUAUGAGAAGAGUGGUUGGUUUAAGUGAGAAAUCUACUUUAGCUCAUGAACCAUGGGAUAUUUUUCUUCUUAAUGAAAUUGCAUUAUCAUUCAAGAUUCAGGCUUCAGCAUUCUGAAGAGCAUGAAAGCCCUUGAUCACGUGCUAUGACUUGUAAAUAUAUAUUGUCCUAUACUAAUUAUAGAAAAAGUAAACAUUAGCAUGA